GAUUCCCACCCAUCGCCUCUUUCUUGUCAUCAGUCGCCCGACUUCAAUUAAUGCUGUGUUCUUUUGCGCUGUCACGCGUACCUCUCAUGUCGACAUGGCGGCGACGAGCUCCUUGGAAAGGCUGCUCCGGACAGUGCGCUCACAGGAGAGCAAAGAUCGUGCGCACGGAGAUGAACUUGACCUUGAGAUUGCCAGACUUGAGAGGGAGCGCGUCGGCAUUGACGCGCGCCUCGAGAGGCACAAGGCGAUCCAAUCGAAGCUCGAAGUGCAUGCCGCGACCAAAUCGCAACUCGAGACCGACAUUGCCCAGCUAGACGAGGACAUCCGGAAGCAAUGCGAGAAGUAUCGCGAUUUCUCCGAUGGCUCGUUGUUAAAAAAAGUCUUUCGAAGCGAGCAGCCUCUCAUUAGGCCUUUGAUUUCACAGAGGGAGGCAAAGCUGCGGAGCCUACGCGACCUAGAAAUCCGAGAGCCGGGCCUUUUUGAUGAAAUUGAUGCGGAGGACAUCUACCUUCCUGAAUCAACGCCAUCAGAUGAUGGAUCUGGCGAUGUGGAUCAUGGCGGGGAUAGAGGUUCGAGUACGACGGAUGACCCCCCCGACACUAUCGACGAGCAAGCAGUGAAAGUCCUUCCUCGCCAGUCUGCACCAAACCAUAAGAUUCAAAAGAAGCGUCGCCGGUCUCAACGAGAAGACACUCCGCGCAAAGUCUCUAGGCUCGCAGACCGUACAAUCGAUAUUAGCAUAUUCUUCCAAGAUGGCAAGAGUAAACACAGGAUAUUCAGAGCCAAUGGUGACGAGGAGAAUUGGUGGAUUGUGUGGUGCAAAGAACACAGCAUGACUUUCACAACCAAGAACCCACUUGCCGGGGCUGGCAAGCAUCUACACUCCGACCGACAUGGGAGCAUGGAUAAGUCGAACGAAACGGCCCUCGCACACUUAGGCUACAAGGUGCUCAACUGCAAUCCGCAGCUGGCAGAGGAGAACAACCUCGCUUUAGACGCGGAGCUGGAAAAUCGCGGGUCUCAUGCUCCUCACAAGAGCAAGUGGCACAUAACGGUAUCCGGCGGCGGCGACGAUGGCACAGCCGAUUUUGUUCCCGAGGCUCAUGUCGAGAAGCCGAUGAAGCGGAGAGCCGACACCUCAUCGCAGGCCGUGCUCGAUCCCAUCCCUGGUCACAUCUAUCUUGCCUGGAUAUCGCAGGACUUUAGGGGUGCAUUCUGCUUGCCACUCCCGCCCACUGUCGAAGGGACUGGCGACGCCGAGCUGCAGGCGCAUACGGAAGAUCUCGUCGAGGAAAUGAAGAAAGAGCCUCCGGCUUGCUAUACUAUGAGGAAUGGUAGAUUUGUGUGGGCCAAGGACUACGAGGAUCAUGGGUCUAGGGUCCAGGAGCGACAACAUCCUGUAGUCAUUAUCAACAAUGACAAUAGGACGAAAUGGACGCGAGCUUGGAUUCCAGCAAAGAAUCUCCGGGAGGUCGGCGAGACUGACCCAUCUCUGCAUUUCGUCGCUAACCGCAGCGCUGUUCUCAGGGAGCUGGAACGGCGAAACCGCCAGGACGAAGGCAGCCCGGUCGCAGGGCUUGGCGAGGGACAGACUUCAGGUGUCCAGGGCACAGGCAAUGGUGACCCGGAGAUCAAAACCCAAUUGUCUGUAAAUGAAGACAAUCCACAACCUGCCGCGGAGCCAGAUACAGCCGGCGAAUCACCGACACCAGACCGUUCUCGUGGCAGGCAAGGAAGUGCCUUCUCGACCCGGAGACCAGAGGAUAAAAAUUCUGCCACUUGCUAUCCAAGCUUUCGUGGCUCUACCACUGCUACGGUCACCGACGAGUCGGUAGGUGGUGAGAACAAGGCGCUGCGCCGAUUUUCCAUCAAGAUUGGAGAGCUCCUCACCUAG